AUGGAGCCGGUGACCGGGCGGCGGUGGCAGAAGGUGCUGUACGAGCGGCAGCCCUUCCCCGAUAACUACGUGGAUCAGCGGUUCCUGGAGGAGCUGCGGAAGAACGUGCAUGCCCGGCAGUACCGGUACCGGGCCGUCGUCUUCCAGUCGGGAGCGGUGGUGCAGCAGCUCUGCAGCGUCUGCGUCUUCGUCGUCACCUGGUGGUACAUGGACGCCGGGAUGCUGAGCCCGCAGGGGCUUUUCGGCGCGGCCCUGGUCUCCUCCCUGCUCGGCUAUGUCCUCUUCGACGUCGUGGACGGUGGGGCCGGGCGGCGGCAGAGCGGCCGGACGCGCUGGGCAGACCUCAAGAGCACGCUGGUGUUCGCCGCCUUCACCUACGGCUUCUCGCCGGUGCUGAAGACGCUGACGGAGUCCAUCAGCACGGACACCAUCUAUGCCAUGUCAGCCCUUAUGCUUCUCGGGCACCUCAUCUUCUUUGACUAUGGUGCCAACGCUGCCAUCGUCUCCAGUACACUGUCCCUCAACAUGGCCAUCUUUGCCUCUGUAUGCCUGGCCUCCCGCCUGCCUCGCUCCCUCCAUGCCUUCGUCAUGGUCACCUUUGCCAUGCAGAUCUUCGCCCUCUGGCCCAUGCUGCAGAAGAAGCUGAAAGCCCAGACCCCCCCCUGCUACGUGGGGGUGACUCUGCUCUUCGCGUUGGCAGCGCUGCUGGCACUGGCCACAGUCUCCAGCGUGGGCGCAGUGCUCUUUGCCUCGCUGCUGCUUGCCAUUUCCUGCCUCUGCCCGUACUGCCUCAUCCGCCUUCAGCUGCUGAAGGACAACAUCCAUGGACCGUGGGAUGAAGCUGAAAUCAAGGAGGACCUCUCCAGAUUCCUCAUGUAGGCCUGACCCAAAGUGAGGAAGGGACCUUCUCCUGUGAGCAGUGCAAAGACCUUGCAGGCGGAGAGCCCUGCGACAAGGCCACAAGCCCAAUAAAGCC